AUGCUGGGCACGAUGAGCCGGGCGCUGUGGCGGGGCCUGGCGCAUAGGGAUGGCGUGCUUGUUGUGGCGGCCCACCAGGCGCGAGGCGUGGCAAACCUGGCCGCCCGGUCCUUUGCCGCUGCUGCCAGCCCCACCCAGCAACAAGAGGGUCCCAAGGCUGCGCUGAUGAUCAUCGGGGACGAGGUGCUCUCGGGCUCUAUCACCGACAGCAACACCGGCUUCCUCGCCAAGCUGCUGCACAGCCGCGGCGUGGACAUGGUGCAUGCCUGCAUCAUACCCGACGACAAGCGAGAGAUUGUGGAGACGGUGCUGCGGCUGAAGGAGCGGGUUGGGCCAGACGGCUUUGUCUUCACCAGCGGCGGCAUAGGCCCCACGCACGACGACAUCACUUACGAGGCCAUAGCAGCUGCUUUCGGAGCCGAGCUGGAGCUUCAUCAGCCUACCGUGGAGCGGAUGGAGGAGCACUACAGGCAGCGCGGCGUGGAGCUCAAUGAGGCUCGCCUGAGGAUGGCCAAGCUGCCGACGGAUGAGGGUGUGGAGUAUCUGUUUACACCGGGACUGUGGGUCCCGCUGGUGGCGAUCCAGCAGACUUACAUCCUGCCAGGCAUCCCGCGCCUCUUCCAGCAAAUGGUGGAGGCGCACGCGGGGCGGUUCAAGGGCCCUGCAGCACACACCCGCGUGCUGUACUCAAACAUGGGGGAAGGCGACCUGGCAAUCAAGCUGGGCUCUGUGGCCGCCAUGCACCCUGCCGUGCGCGUUGGCUCAUACCCAAACGUGGCCUGGGAGUCUGAUGCCAGCAAGACGCCGUGGAGGGUCAAGCUGCAGUUUGAGAGCAGGGAUGCCGCGGCGCUGGAGAGGGCGGUGGAGGCGGCCGAGGCAGCACUGCCAGGCACCUUCACGCUGUCAGCCCAGGCCGCUUGA